AUGGUUGCAGUGUUAAAGAGUGACAUUGCAUGUCAACUAAUUAUUUUUGUAACAUACGUUACCAGUUUCCUAAGUGUUUGGUUCAUCGUCGGAUUUACUUGUGAACGUUUUGUUGCAAUUUGCUUUCCGCUAAAAGGCAAGGAAAUGUGUAAUAUGUUCCGAGAGAAGAUGGUUGUGUUUGCAUUAACAUUAACGUCUUGUUUGAUUUACAUGUUCACUUUCUGGACUACUGGCAUAGAGGAAUGGGGCGAACUGAGAAUGUGUUCGCAUAAGGUGGAAUACUUUCUAUUUUUAAAGGUCGUUACAUGGAUGGACACUUUUAUCACUAUGAUAAUUCCAUUCAUUGUUAUAACUGUUGUGAAUUGUUUGAUUUUAAGAACUGUAAGAAGGUGUCCUGUAAGAGCAGAGCAACGAAGACAAUCCCGAAAUAGGAAGGCUGCUCGGGCUUGUGAGGGAAUGGAUAACAAAACAGAAAACAAUAAUCAUACAAAACGUGCUCGAAGAAAACGAACUCCUCUUAUAAGAGUAACUAAAACUCUUAUAUUUGUUUCAACGACUUUUUUGUUGCUUAAUUUACCCUCUCACAUCAUACGAAUUUAUAACCUUAUAACAGUGUCUACAAGUCAAAUGGGAGUAAGCAUUUGGUUUUAUAUUUUACAAGAACUAUCGUUACUUCUCUAUUACUCCACGUUUAGCUGUAAUUUUGUUUUAUAUACCUUGUUUGGGCGUAACUUCAAACGUUCUUUGUUGCACAUUUUAAAAUGUCAUAAAUCUUUAAAACGCCAGAGGGAACAGGCAGCCCGAAAACAAUGCCAUUCAAGGAUGAAAACUUCAUCACUUUGA